AUGGACUUUCGCGAGUUCAUGUUGAGACAAUGUGACGCGGGAGCUUGUCCGGAGACUUGCGUGGCAGCCUUCAAAACCUAUUGCCAGGAGUUCGCCCAGAGGGAGUUCGACCGACUGAAGAACACUGGCUUGUGCUUGGACCUUUACCAUCCUGUGAGCCAGCUGCGAUCCUACGAGUGGCGGCAAAGUAUGGCACAGCAGAGAGCGCAGAGCUUCUUGGCAGAGUUGAGGGAGGGCAAGUACAAGGACCUGUCCUUGCGAUUGGCGCAGCCCAAUGGCGAGGCCACUUGCCCUGUGGCAGGGCAUCAACAGGCCCCAGAGUUUGCCUUUGAUGCCAACAUUGGGACCUUGAUGAUCAGCAGGGUCUCUCAAGCUGGCUUUCAGGAAGUGGUGGAGGCUCUUCAAGACUCUGGUGGCUUUGCAGAGGAAGCGAAGGAAGCCUUGUUGGUCAUAGCAAAUAAAGCGGAUACGCUCUUGAGCAACAAGGGCCUGACCAAUGGUGUGGCCAAAGUUUCAAUACAGGAUCCGAUGGAGCUUUCAGCCCUGGUCUUGCCGGCUGAGAUGUCGUCGCCUGAGCGCUUGGCGAAAGAUCUCUCACUGUCUGCCGAGGUGGGCCAUGGUUUAUUUGGGAGAUCAAGGUGCAGUCAAAACGAACUGGUCAUGAGCCACGAGAACUUCAUGGAUUCCAAAACAUGA